CAUAUUGCAAGCAUUGACUUGUGUGUGCUUGUUAUUCCCUCGACGCCAUGGCUAAAUCGAACCUCGAUCUCGUUAAAGAAUGCGACAGAUUCCCGUAUUACGCGGAUGACCCCGCGUUUUACACGGCUCAUAUGCGCAACUACCAUGCCUUUAGAGUCAACGGAUGUGAUGCCAACCUAGGAUACAUUCUGAACUCCGUCAUAAAGAAGCUUGAGCUACCUGCGAACUCCUGGGCGAUCGACUCCGCCAACCAGACCGUCACGCUGAUGACCACCCCCGAUGCGACACCGGAGCAACGCAGUGAACUGGUAGCGGAGACGCUCACACACGCCGUGAAGCGGGAUACGUUCGAGAUCCUGCGAGGAUGGCGCAAUGAGAAAUACCCCAUCUACGCCCCAGGCGGCAAGUUCCUCCUGGAGAUGGAACGCUCCGCAACGCCGCUUUUUGGCACCGUGUCUUACGGCGUCCAUUCCACGUGCUACGUUAACGACGACAACGGCAUGCGGAUCUGGGUCCCGAGGCGGUCGAAGACGAAGCAGACGUAUCCUGGGAUGCUCGACAAUUCGGUGGCGGGCGGGAUGAGCACGAAUGAACAUCCGGGUGAAUGCCUUGUCCGCGAGGCCAUGGAGGAGGCAUCGCUUCCUGAAGAUGUCGUGCGGAAGAACUCCACGGCUGCUGGGUGUGUUACGUAUUUCUAUGUGCGGAGUGCUCAAGCAGGCGGUGAAACCGACCUGUUGCAGCCCGAGGUGGAAUACGUCUACGAUAUCAAACUGAGCGCCGACGUUGUUCCCAAGCCUUGCGAUUCCGAGGUGGAGCAGUUUUACCUGAUGACUGUUGACGAAGUCAAAGCGGCGUUGGCAAAUGGAGAGUUCAAGCCUAACUGUUCUGUUGUUCUGAUCGACUUUUUCCUCCGACACGGUAUCCUGACUCCCGAGAACGAGCCCAACUUUCUGGACAUCAUCUCCAGGAUACACCGCCGUUUGGAAUUCCCCACUGCCUCUCAUUUUGAGGGUUAGAAUGCAUCCGAUAGCAAGAAAUAG